AUGGCUGGUUUCGCUCUCCGUUUCAUUUUGGUCGUCACAGCCAUCGCGUUUCCCAGUAUCGCCGCAGCCAAGACCCCUGUCGGGGUUAUCUCUGUCGGUACGCCACCGCAGACGGAGUAUCUCAAGAUCGACACGGGCAGCCCGCGAUAUUCUUUCUUGGACCCUCGGAAUGAGGUCUGCAAGAGGAAUGGACAACCGUGUAGAAAUUACGGCACCUUUAACAACAAGACAUCUUCGACAAGCCAGUACGAAGGCACCGGCUUUGCGGAUGCCUUGGGCUAUGUUGGUAUGGGCGAUUAUCUGAGCGACACUAUUAUUUUGGGCGGUGUCUCGGUCAAAGACAUGUAUUUUGGCUACAUAUCGAGAUACAGUUUCCCAGACAAACUCAUUGGAGAUGUUUAUACAAUUCUCGGGUUAUCGCUGGAGUGCGAAUACGCCGGUCCCAAAUGCACCGAUAGGUUCUCCGCAUACGCGUUGCCUGAGCUGAAGAAUACCUCCAAGAUAAAUUACAUGGCUACAAGUAUCUACCUCGGACCUGACGACAAGAAAGCUGCCAACGCCAGGAUGCUCAUCGGCGGCGCGUAUGACACGGCAAAGGUUGAUGGCAACCUCAUCACCGUGCCAAUGGUUGACCCGUUCGAUAGUAAUCUUAGUGGUGGCCAGACCAACUCCGUCAACGUCACUUCCAUCGAUGUCUUCCUCAGUAACGGCAACCAGCAUAUAACAGAAACUUACGGCGAUAAGAAAGUUGGCGUCCCUGUGCUGCUAGACACCGGUGUUGCAAGCUGGUAUCUUACCGACAAGACCAUAGCGCCUAUUUACCGUGCUUUCGGCAUCGCCAAGGAACCUCCUUCUGCUCAGCGAUACUUUGUCGUCGACUGCAAGUAUGGCAACCCUGGGCGCUCCGAUGGUUACAUCUCUGUCGAGUUCGGCUCCCACGGUAAGAUCAAGGUUCCGUUCCAUGGCUUGGUGUCAAAGUUCCCAGAUGGCACCUGCGGAGUGUUUGCGAUCUCUCGUGGCGACACUGUGGCCAUCUUUGGUGACCCUUUCUUGCGCAAUGUGUACAGUAUCUUUGACCAGGAGAACUUCUCUAUCUCUAUGGGAAAGGUGAAGCAUACAGCUGAAGAGAACAUUGUGUCUAUUCCCAAGGGAGGUUCCAAGCCUACUCGAUACUAG